AUGAAAACAAAAGAUUUAUCAUUAGCAGUAGGGGAAUCUUCACUAGUACAACUAAUUACUGCAAGAAAGAGAGGGAGGCCAAGAAAAAUAGUGGAGAAAAGUGAAGAAGAAUGUGAAGAAGAAACAGAAGUAGAAAAACAUCAAGAUUUGCAACAAGAGAUGGACUCAAAGAAAGCAAAGUCUAAUGAAGAACUGGUCAAAGAAGAAGCAACAGAAGAACCAUCUCCUUUGUCUACUACUAGUAUCAAAGAUCAACCAAGAAGAAGCAGGAGAAAAAGCAAGCCCAUAAAGAGCUGCUAG